AUGGCGGAUCCGCAGGACUCAAAGGGCAAAGGCCCCGCCCAGGAUGCGUCUGACGGUGCGGAGAAGAAGAGCUCGGGGACAACGAGCAAAGAGAUCAUAAGCGAGCUUGGAAAAAGCGGAAAAAAAACAAUACCCUCUGGGAUGGUCGAUACGUUACUUAAAAUGAACCCUGCCUUGGCCAGUGAGCUUGCCGACAUGCCCAAGGAGAAAGCUGUCGAGGUGCUCAGCAAAAUGGACGUCUCCGAACUUCUUACCGGCAUGUCGCUUGGCAACAAGAAUCAGAAAGACAUGGCUUCGUACAAAUUCUGGCAAACACAGCCCGUUCCUCGCUUCGAUGACAAGGGCGAUUUGACCGAAGGUCCCAUCAAAGUUAUCAACCCCGAGGAGGUGUCCCAAGACCCGUCGCCGCUGAUUGAGGGAUUUGAAUGGGUGACUCUGGAUCUCACAGACGAUAAUGAGGUGGCAGAGUUGUACGACCUUUUAUCCAACCACUACGUUGAAGAUGACAACGCUAUGUUUCGCUUCAAUUACUCGCGGGCGUUCCUUAACUGGGCCUUGACAUCUCCCGGUUGGAAAAAGGAAUGGCAUGUGGGAGUUCGCGCCACGAAAUCUCGCAAGCUGGUUGCCUCCAUUUCUGGUGUACCUACAGACGUACGAGUUCGCGGCCAGAAGAUGAAAGUUGUCGAAAUCAACUUUCUAUGUGUCCACAAGAAGCUGCGCUCGAAACGCCUUGCGCCUGUUUUGAUCAAGGAAAUCACUCGCCGAUCGUACUUACAGGGUAUCUACCAGGCUAUCUACACUGUUGGAAUCGUGCUCCCCAAGCCUGUGACUUCGUGCAGGUAUUACCACCGUCCGUUGGACUGGCUGAAACUCUACGAAGUUGGCUUCUCUCCCCUGCCCACGGGCUCCACCAAGGCUCGCCAAAUCACUAGAAAUCACCUUCCCGGAAACACAGCUACCCCUGGAUUACGAAAAAUGAAGGAACGGGAUAUUGACCAAGUCUAUGACCUGCUCGAGCGCUAUUUGACUCGUUACGAUGUCAACCCCGCAUUUACCAGAGAGGAGAUUGACCACUGGCUGCUUCAUCGGAACGAACGAGGAGAGCAGGUAGUUUGGUCUUUUGUGGUAGAGGACCCACACACGAAAAAGAUCACAGACUUUGUUUCUUUCUACAGCUUGGAGUCAUCGGUUAUCAACAACCCCAAACACAACAACCUCCGUGCUGCGUAUCUCUACUACUAUGCAACAGAAACCGCUUUUGCUAAAAAGGAGGAGGGGCUCAAGGAACGACUUCAGCUGUUGAUCAACGACGCGCUGAUAGAAGCUAAGAAGGCUCAUUUCGAUGUCUUCAACGCUCUCACGCUCCAAGACAACCCUCUUUUCCUUGAGCAAUUGAAGUUCGGCGCUGGUGACGGGCAAUUGCACUACUACCUGUUCAAUUACCGCACUGCGCCUGUCGCAGGUGGUGUCAACGAGAAAAACCUUCCGGACGAGAAGAAGCGGGGAGGUAUGGGCGUUGUGCUUCUGUAG